AUGGCAAUGUUAGCAAAGUUAGUGAUCAAGAAGAAAUUAUUGAAAAUAAUGAUGUUCUUGCACGUGACUGCGUAAAAAAGAAAGAUGCAAGAAAUAUUGAAGAAGGAAAAGAACACAUUAACAUAGGUGUAACCAAUGGGAAAAGAAAGUGGAUACAGAAACAAAUGAAGAAUGAGAAGAACAUAUUGCAUGUGAUUGUAAUCGAAAACAUAAGGGAAAGGGUGUUGAAUCAUUCAGGGAGCGAGAAAUACUUAUUGAGCACAAUCACUGACAACUGCUAA